AUGACGAAAGCUAGAAAAAAAUAUAAGCUACAUUGUGCAUCUGGCAACUCUGAAGCAAAAGAUAAUACGCUCGUCGUCGCCACAGCGUGUAAUGGCGGAAGUGGUCGAAAAGUGUCAUCAAACUCAAUAGCCAGCCGUGAAUGCAAAAUGAAGGAUAUUCUGAGUUAUAUGAAUAUUAUAAGUUAUAUGGUUCUGUGCUCUUGGCCAAACAACUCCGCAAGCCAUGGCAUUUCGUGGUCCCGUAACGUCGGAGGGAAAUCUGGCUACCUCCUGGGUCAAAGGGCCAACCAGGAAGCUCCCCUGAUGCUCUCUUGUUCAGGUAACACAGACUCUUAUCUACAGAGUAAAAGGGGAGCUUUAAUACAAGGUAUCGAGCUCCCUUCCCAGAGUAUUGGGACCUCUGCCCAAGAACACGGGCCAACCGCCCAUAAGUCAACAAGAAAAUCGAAUAUGUACACAAGUCAUCACCAUGUGCACCCAGCUCUAAUGGUCCCGGUAAUCGAGAUCAACAUCCGCUCAGAGAGAGCAGAACGAGAUGCUGAAGAUGAAGACACAAAAGAAGACACUGAAGAACACCUCUCGGACAAUUUUGAAAAUGUAAAAGCUCCCAAGACGACGAUGAACCAAAUGAACUUGCUUGUAUUAUCACAAUCCCAAAUCCCUAAUGUUAAAUCCCAAAUCCCAGUGGAUCGUCAGCUUCUUACUUCGGUCACGAGUAAUUCCAGUAAUCCUGGUAAUCCCAGUAAUUCUUGCAAUCCCAGUAAUCCUUGUAAUCCCUAUAAUCCUAGCAAUCCCAGCAAUCCUAGUAAUACAAGUAAUCCAAGAAAUCCUAGUAGUCACAGUAAUCCUUGCAAUCCUAGUAGCCCUAGUAAUCCCAGUAAUCCUAGUAAUCCCAGUAAUCCUAGCAGUCCCAGUAAUCCUAGUAGUUACAGUAAUCCUGGUAAUCACAGCAAUCCUAGCAAUCCCAGUAAUCCUAGUAAUCACAAUAAUCCUAGUAAUCACAGUAAUCCUGGUAAUCCACAAUCACAGCAAUCCUAUAGUCCCAGUAAUCACAGUAAUCAUAGCAAUCCUAGUAAUCCUGGUAAUCACAGCAAUCCUAGCAAUCCCAGUAAUCCUAGUAAUCCCAGUAAUCCUAGUAGUCACAGUAAUCCUAGUAAUCCUAGCAAUCCCAGUAAUCCUAGUAAUCCCAGUAAUCCUAGCAAUCCCAGUAAUCCUAGUAAUCCCAGUAAUCCUAGCAAUCCCAGUAAUCCUAGUAGUCACAGUAAUCCUAGUAAUCUUAGUAAUCCUUGCAAUCCCAGUAAUCCUAGUAAUCCCAGUAAUCCUAGCAAUCCCAGUAAUCCUAGUAGUCACAGUAAUCCUAGUAAUCCUAGUAAUCCCAGUAAUCCUAGCAAUCCCAGUAAUCCUAGUAGUCACAGUAAUCCUAGUAAUCCUAGUAAUCCCAGUAAUCCUAGCAAUCCCAGUAAUCCUAGUAGUCACAGUAAUCCCAGUAAUCCUUGCAAUCCCAGUAAUCCUAGUAGUCACAGUAAUCAUAGUGAUCCCAGUAAUCCUGGUAAUCCAGACAACCCUAGUAAUCCCAGUAAUCCUAGUAAUCACAGCACUCCUUGUGAUCACAGUAAUCCUAGUAAUUCUAAUAAUAUCAGUAAUCAUAGUAAUCCCAAUAAUUUUAGUAAUUACAGUAAUCCCAGUAAUCCUAGCAAUGACUGUAAUCAGAGUAAUCCUAGUAAUCGUAGUAAUCCUAGUAAUCCCAGUAUUCCAAGUAAUCCCAGUAUUCCUAGUAAUCCCAGUAUUCCUAGUAAUCCCAGUAUUCCUAGUAACCCCAGUAUUCCUAGUAAUCCCAGUAAUCCCAGUAUUCCUAGUAAUCCCAGUAAUCCCAGUAUUCCUAGUAAUCCCAGUCGAGGUCCUUGCUCAUCCCCGAAUCAGCCACGCCCCCUCUCGGGAACUUUACAGAAUAUUACCAGUCGCCCUAAGAUGCUUUAG